CUCCGACAUAUUUUGUUGUCGUGUUGGCUUACUAUCGUGAUAAACGAAUCAUCUGUGUAACAUUUAUGUCCAACACUAAAAUAUUUUCUGUUUUGUUUUUACGAUAACACUAUUCUCUUGGAGAGAAUAGAUCCUAUUCGAAAGUGUACGUUUUGAAUAAUAUAAAAUAUCGUAGACCUACUUUUUCGGAUAGUCAACAGUCAACCAAAUAGUUCAUUACUGAUUGGUCUACUUUCGAACAUAGCAAUUAUCUGCCGUUCGAAAAAAGUAAUUAUUUGUUAAAUAUCAAGUUAAAUUAAUUUUAUAUUUUGUGAUUGAACAAUGUUUGCCCGUGUUACAUUUUAUCCGACACUUUUAUAUAAUGUAUUUAUGGAAAAAGUAACACAGCGCAACUGGUAUGAUCGAAUUGAUGAAAAUGUUAUAUUAGGUGCACUUCCAUUCAGGAAUAUAAGCCAAAAAUUAAUUGAUGAAGAAAAUGUCAGAUGUGUAAUAUCAAUGAAUGAAUCAUAUGAACUAGAGCAUUUUACACCUCAACCAGAUGAAUGGAAAAAAAUGGGAGUAGAACAUUGUCAGCUAAGUACAAAAGAUAUUUUUGAAACUCCGUCACAUGAAAAAUUAAUUCAAGGUGUUUCAGUGAUGGAAGCAGUUUCUAAAGAUGGAAAUACUGUGUAUGUACAUUGCAAGGCAGGUCGUACUCGUAGCGCGACUCUUGUUGGCUGUUAUUUAAUGUCUAAACAUAAUUGGACUCCUGAACAAGCAAUUGAAAAUAUUGUAUCUAAGCGACCUCAUAUUUGGUUACGAAACCAACAAUUAGAGAGUCUCAAAAAAUAUUAUGAUGAUAUUAUCCACUGAACUGACACCAUCAGAAGCCAUUAAAAACAACUUUUUUUUUUUGUUAUUGAUCACGGCCGAUUAAGAAUAUUAACAGCGCUCGCACCUAAUACAACCAACUAAAUAAUGAUAUUCCCAAGAAGAUUAAUCGCUUAUAGACGCGAGCCCCAAUAUGCACCAGACCGCUGCUGAUGCUGUCGUCAUUGCAUAAACCAGAAACCGCUCCUAACAAAUAAAAUAGAAAUUCGGUACCAGCUAUACCUAACAAUCUAUAGUAUGAGUGUAAUAUAGGGGAUUCGGAAGAGGAAACGAAUCAAGUCUUGGACCAGAUUUUCUUGUUUUUUUUUGUUAAUUUUUAUUUUAUAUACGAUAUACCUGUAUUUUUUUAUUAUUAUCAUUUUGUAUUAGAAAUACUUAUCUAUGUGCAGCUCGAC